ACAUGCAUAGUCACACACACACAUACAUACACACACGCACACGUAUGUGGAAAUAAAAGUAGCUGCCCGAAUAGUUGGACCAGUUUCACACAUUCAGCGCGCACAUGGAUUCUCAUUGAGCAACGGCCACCACGUUCGAGGACAGCGUGGAACUUUUACGCACGAUAUUGUCUUGAGGCACGACUUUUUGAACUUUUUUUUUCCCCCCUCUCUUUGACGACCUCGCUCUCUUUCUGGAUUCCCCCACCGCUUUGCCCCCUUCAAUUCGUGCAGUACUUUUUUUAACGGCAGGUCCGACGAUGUUCUCCACGCACCUGCCCCUGUUAGUGUUGAAGUGUUUCCUCGGUGUGGCGUCGGUUCGGAUCGCGCAGGGAGCAAGCUUCCCUCGGCCGCCCUCCUCAGGUGAACUGGACCAGGACGUGCUCCUCCAACACAUGUCCAAACUGCACGAGAAAUGCAACAGGGAACAGCGUCUCAAAGAAGGAAACACGGCCAGGAGCUUCAGAGCAAGCCAAGUGCCCUCUGACCUCCGGACAGUGUACCAUCUAAACCUGACCACCCUCCAGGACUCUGAGGUCAUCCUGUCAGCCACACUCCACUUCCUGCUAGAACGGCACCCUCCUGAGAAAGCGUGGAUCUGUAAACGCUUCAAGAGCGCAUCUUGCCGGUCCUCCGGCACGCAGCCAUCUACGGCCAUCAGCCUACUCCUUCGCGCUGUCUCCUCAGGGUCGGGAGUCAGUUCUGGGUCAACCGGGUCAUUCCUAGGCAAUGUGACCUUCUACCCUCAGAGGAGAGGGGUGUGGCAGAUGAAAGACGUGACCCAGGUCAUAAAGGAGGCGAGGGACAGAGGUCAUCACCUAGUGUCAGUGGAGUUGGACUUAGGGCAGCAGUACCAGAGGAAAGCAGAGGGAUCAAGCAUGGCCUACCUGUUAGUCUAUGCGGAUGACCUAGCCUUGGCAGAACCUAACAGUGUGUACCCAAGUCUUCAGAGAUAUGACCCGUUCUCUGAAGGUGUGGGGCCCUCGCAGUCCCCCCACCUCCCGUACGGACCCAAUUUCUCACCACAGUUCAAAGGACGUGUGAGGAGGGAAGCAACUUUUCUCCCCGACUCGAUACAGAACAAUGAGCUGCCUGAGGUUGACUUCAGGACCGUUGCAUACAGGAAGGACGACCUUUGGGAGAGCUCAUGGUAUCCGGCCCUCAAGCCCAAACUCAAGGCUGGGAAGCAGGAAAAGAAAAGGAAAAGCCACGAGGAAGCGGGCAAGCAAGGUAGAGGAGGACAUGAUAAAGAAGAAUCUCCAGAAAGAACAUCAGACGGGUCUAAAUUUGACACCUCGUCUGUACGAAGAUACAAAGAUAGUCGCGCCCAAACGGUCGAUAGUCGAAGGCAAGAGCAGAGACAUGAGGUGAGGGAUGCAAGGAAGCACAAUAAGGGAAGUGCUCAUCACUCCCGCUCACCCGUUUUGAGUUUUGACGAUGAAACCAUGCGCAAGGCUAGAAGAAAGCAGUGGGGAGACACCCGGCACCAUGGCUGCUCCCGAAAGAACCUCAGAGUGGAUUUUGCAGACAUCGGCUGGAACGAGUGGAUCAUAGCGCCCAAGGCCUUUGACGCCUACUACUGCUCAGGCACAUGCGGAUUCCCAAUGCCCAAGGUGAUGAGGCCCUCAAACCACGCCACCAUCCAAAGCAUCGUCCGAGCUGUCGGGAUUAUUUCCGGGGUUCCAGAGCCUUGCUGUGUACCGGAGAGGAUGAGUCCUCUGGCAGUGCUUUACCAAGAAGAAUCCAAGGAUCUGGUGCUCAAGAUUUACCCCAAUAUGUCUGUCCAGUCCUGCUCCUGCAGGUGAAAUGUUACCACUGAAGGAAAAGGACAGAACAAGACUGAUGUAAAGUGAAACAAAAAAAAAGACUUAUGGAGAAUGAAGCUUUUAGUCAUUCUGGCUCGGUGAUUGAUAUUUGUGCCGGAAGCCAGGCGAAAGAACAAUCAAUUCUGAUUGUUGUCUGUCCAGCGGCUGCAGGCUCUUUCUCUCAUCUCUACCUUUUCUGCGGAGACAACAUUUUCAUGAUAGGAUCAAUUUGUCACAGCGAUGUUCACACAUAACUUAUACAGCAGCUUCUCUAUUUAUGCGUGUGUACUUUGUAGUGCUGUACCUAUUUCAAGGCGUCUAUCAUGCUACCACCUUGAUAAGAGUACAUUGUGCUGUCUAGCCUAAAAAUUGAAUUGUCACAUGGAAAUCCUUAUCCUCUCAUAACAUCUUUGAAGUAUUAAAACAGAAGUCUUUUCAGAUCCCCCCCCCCACACCCCCUGAUAAUAAGGCUAAAAGCUACUGUUUUCGAUGUUACUUUGUACAUAUGUUUUUAAAUUAUGAAAAGGUCAAAGAUAGGUUUCUAUUAAGGGUCGAAUAAAAUAGUAAUUUAAUCCAACACUCAUAUCUAUAUAUUUUUUAAAAGAUUUUUGUCUGUGUUAUUCUUUGCUCUAUAUUGGGUUUGUGGGGGCGGAGGGUAUUUUGUCAAAACAAACCUAAAAGGCACCACUGUUCAAAAAGAAGUGACUACAAAGGCAGGAAGAUUCCACUCCAAGAUACCUCUCCCUUCCCCCAGCCUCCCCCAAGCCUCUUGACCCAUUACUGCCCCCCACCAAAGGCUCCAACGUCUGUUGUCCAACAAAUAAUUUGACUGAUGUGGCCGUGGUGGAUUAAUGGUUGAUGGAGGAAACCGGCAAGCACUAAUUAAGACGUCAGCCACUUGAACUUCAAAACAUGGAGCGCUUCCUCUUUCCAACUCAGGAGCAACCCCACCCCCGCCACCCCGUACUAAAUACAGGAUGUUCUUCUCAAAGGACUAUCUGCAAGACUGCAGAAAAUCUUGAGUAUUUUUGUUUUUAAUAGGGAGUCUUUGUGUCUGAAACUGUCAAUGAAAUGACAGUACCUCUUGAUUAUUCAACUAUGAUUACACCGCGGCCGCUUUGCCGUCGGUGUACAGAAGUUGGCACUGGACUGCACAUCUGUUUGUAACAAGAGUGCUUUGAAGUUCGCCUUGGCCAACAGCGGAUGGUCAUUUUGUCUCUAAAAGGCAUGUCGUAAGCACUUGGGGGACAAACAAUUCUGUUUGCGGCAGUCAAGCGCGCUCUCUGGGAAAUGGGCGGGAGCAUAUCUGAACGGUGUUUUGCCAGCAACACUAACUGCUGCCACCUCAAAUGCAAAAACUGUUUCUGUGGUGUAUCCCUUUGUUGAAUCCUGUGUACAGUAUUUGUUCCAGUGUCUAAAAUGAGUUGCAGAACUUACUGUGGGGUUUUUUAUACGUGACUGGACAGUAAUAAGACUCGACAUCGAAGAGAUGAAUAUAAAUACCAUGGAAAUUCUGACUUGUGUCUACAUUAACUUCCGAUACCAAGGGACUGCACCAGUCCUGAUUUUCCGGGGGAAGAAAACCAAACAAACACAAAAAAAAAGCAAAUAUGUAUCGGUGUCAUUUUAUGAUGUAAAGAUUAAACUAUACACAACAUGGUGUCAGUGUUGUUUUAAAUGGCCAAUGUAUUUUAAUGUACUGGAAUAAAAAUGUAAGUAUUU